UGCGACAGCCUUCCCGCCCACAACGGCCUCGUGCUCGUCAGCUUCCCUUUUCGUCUUGGCAUGGUUUGUUCGCGCCGGAGAAUAACCGGAAAGUACGCCAAGAUGCUCAGUCUGCGUAGCAUUUUCCGUUUCUUGGGAACUUGCUGGGAACGGUGACAAGGAUGUGGCAUCUUGGCUGCAGCUUCCCCUCAAACCUCCCCGGUCUUCCCCCGCGUCACCCCACACUCUUUCCCCUCGGACACUGCUCCUCGAUUGGCCGCGAUAGUCGCCUGCUCUAUGGCAGUGGAAAAUCUAGGCGCUAGAUGUCUUCUUGCCUAUGCUUGCCCAUCGGACCGAAUUGCUUGAUGGCAACGUGGCGCACCCAAGCCUUCUCCAAGCCCACCUCCCCGCCUGGGCCCAAGACUCUCGGCUGCACACUCUUCACCCACGAGGUUCGCUCACAUUUACGAAUGGGAUGAGGCAGAUUCCUGUGCGUGGAACGACUCGGGGAGAAAGCCGCGGGCCGCCAAGGGCUGCCUAGGGACCGUUACGCCCGGAAAAGCACCGAGCCCCAGCAGGAUGCAUAUGUGUUUGCGGAGAUGGGGGGGAUGCUAUAAAGAGAGACGGCGACCAUAGAUACCCGUAGCAAAAGCUACUCUCGGUCUUGUCGCCUAUCUACCCUCCGUCCAGCAGACACCUCCCACCAUUCUGUCGGAGCCACCAGGGAAACACGAGAUGGACAAGCCAACGGAGAAGGCCGACCUCGAGCGGUCUUCCCAGGGACAAAACCAAGACAACCCUGCCGACCACAAGAAUGCGAUCGCACCCGAGAAGGCGGCGGGCGAGCCGCUCCGAACCGAGCACGCCGAAGGGGGCGACCCCUUGAAGGUUGGGCAAGCCGAGCUCGACUACUCGGGAGCGCACGAGAAGACGGACCCGCGCGAGAUCAAGCUGGUGCGCAAGCUGGACAUGUAUAUGAUGCCUAUAUUGUGGCUCAUGUACUGGCUCAAUUAUCUCGACAGGAACGCCAUCGCCCUCGCGCGCCUCAACGGCCUCGAGAAAGACCUUAACCUCAAGCCGGGAGAGUACCAGACCUGCAUCUCGAUCUUAUUCGUUGGAUACAUCCUGAUGCAGCUCCCCUCCAACAUGAUGCUGACGCGCGUGCGCCCCAGCAUCUGGAUGUCGGCCUUCAUGGCGCUCUGGGCCAUCGUGAGCGCGCUGACGGCGCUCUCCAAGGACUUCACAGGCAUGGUGCUCACGCGCUUCUUCCUGGGCGUGACCGAGGCGCCCUACUACCCGGGCGCGCUCUACAUGCUGGCGAGCUUCUACACGCGCAAGGAGAUCGCGACGCGCAUCUCGGUCCUGUACACGGGCAACAUCCUGGCCACGGCCUUCGCGGGCCUCAUUGCCAUCGGCAUCUUCGAGAUGGACGGCAUGAUGGGCAUCAAGGGCUGGCGCUGGCUUUUUAUUAUUCAGGGGGCCGUCACCUUCGUCGUCGCCGGCGCCGGCCUCUGGCUCCUGCCCGACGAGCCGCUGACGACGCGCUGGCUGACGCCCGAGGAGCGCCAGCUGGCGCACGACCGCAUCGUGCGCGACACGGUCGGCGAGAAGGGCGUCACGUCGACGUGGCGCGGGCUAGCACAGGCGGCAAAGGACCCGCGCGUCUGGCUGUUUGCCUACAUGCAGCACAUGCACCUGGGCGCCAACGGGUUCAAGAACUUCUUCCCGACCGUCAUCGGCACGUUGGGUUUCGAUCAGACGGCUACGCUGGCGCUGACGUGCCCGCCGUACCUGAUCGCCGGCUUCACGUCCAUCGCGUGGGCGUGGUCGUCGGGCCGGUUCAACGAGCGCACGUGGCACAUCACCAUCGGCAAGAUGGUGGCCGUGCUCGGCUUUGUGCUGGGGUGCGUGACGCUGAACACGGGUGCGCGGUACU